GCCAGCCGGGCUCCCUCGGCCGGCGCCUUGCGGAGGAGGCGGCUUCGCGGGCGGCCCCGGUGAGAGAGCCGCGAGGGGAGUUUCCGGCUCCCGGUGAGGCGCCGGCAGGCAGCGAGGGGGCCGGCCCCGCCGCGGCGAGCGGUUAUUUCCUACCGGGAGGAGACCGAGGUCGCCAUGGGUGCCGUGUGAGGCGGGGGCUCGCCCAGCUCCGAGUGACCGGGCUGCGCGUCUCUUCCCCCCGGCGGGGCGUGCCGGGCCUGCCCUCCCCUCUAGCGGCAGGGGAGAGCGGGGCCUGCGCCCCUGGCGCAACCGCUUCCCGGCCUGGGCCUGCCUCGCUCCCCUCCCCCCAGCGCGGGGGGCCCGUCGCUUUGGCUCGCAGCUGAGCUGUCCCGGUCCGGGCAGCUAGGGGGGCUGCGGCUUGUCCCGCCCGGCACCUGCCUCAGGCUCCUCUCGCCUUCUCUCCCGGAGUGCGUGUCCUGGCCCCGCUGCUGUCGCUCCAUGUCGGCCCCGCUGCCCGGCGCCCCGCUGCAGGAUGGAUGCGGACGCUAAGCAGGAGCCCACCCCGCCGCUGGCUCAGCCGCCGUCGCCAAGCCCCGCUGUGAGGAGCCCUUGGGACCCUCCCCUGUUGCAGCAGCAGCCGGACGCGCUCCCCGCUCAGUGACACGCCGCAUCCUCCCAGCAGCGCUACCUCGGUCCCCGCAGCACCAUGUCGGGGAGCGCCGCAGAGACUCCUCGUUUCCUGGCUCCCCCGCCACCUCCGCCCAAGAACGGCUCUAGCUCGGACAGUUCCGUGGGGGAGAAGCUAGGGGCGGUCACUGACCAAGAUGGAUCGGGGGCCGGAGGAGCAGGCGGCGGGGUGGCAGGCGGGGGACGGAGCGAAGAAUACCGGCGCCGCCGCCACACCAUGGACAAGGACAGUCGUGGGGUUGCAGCCACUGAGCACCGCUUUUUCCGCCGUAGCGUGAUCUGUGACUCCAAUGCUACAGCACUAGAGCUGCCUAGCUUGCAGCCCGCAGCACCCCCGGCAGUUGCCACUCCCGAGAGUAUCACCUCGCUGCUAGGCUCCCCGCCUGACCCUUCUAGCGAGGCUCCCUGCAUCUCCGUCACUCAGGACCCCCUGCUACUGUUCCAGCAGCCGUCUCUGUCGCUUUCCCCUGAGGUGCAAUUAAUUCAGGAGCCUCCUGCAGUAGAGGACACCGCCACGUUACUGCCCAAAGGAGAGGCAGAGGAAACCACCCCGCUACCUCCUACCAGCACGGCAGGCAGUGCGGUCUCCGCCAGUCGGGAGCUUUUGGAGGGGAAGAACCAACAACAGGAGGAUAUCGAGGAGCUAGAGACAAAGGCUGUGGGCUUUUCCCUUGACGGCCGUUUCCUCAAAUUUGAUAUCGAGAUUGGAAGAGGCUCCUUCAAAACUGUAUACAAGGGACUGGACACCGAGACUACGGUGGAAGUGGCCUGGUGUGAACUACAGGAUCGGAAGCUAUCAAAGUCAGAACGGCAGAGGUUUAAAGAGGAAGCUGAAAUGCUAAAAGGGCUCCAGCAUCCUAAUAUUGUUCGGUUCUAUGAUUCCUGGGAGUCUACAGUGAAAGGAAAGAAAUUUAUCGUUCUUGUGACGGAACUCAUGACAUCUGGAACCUUAAAAACGUAUUUGAAAAGGUUUAAAGUGAUGAAAAUCAAAGUACUACGAAGUUGGUGCCGUCAGAUAUUGAAGGGCUUGCAGUUUCUACACACACGUACUCCUCCCAUUAUUCACCGGGACCUAAAAUGUGACAACAUUUUCAUCACUGGCCCCACUGGAUCAGUCAAGAUAGGAGACCUGGGUCUGGCAACCCUGAAACGAGCUUCCUUUGCCAAGAGUGUGAUAGGUACCCCAGAGUUCAUGGCACCCGAGAUGUAUGAGGAGAAAUACGAUGAAUCCGUUGAUGUAUAUGCUUUUGGCAUGUGUAUGCUUGAGAUGGCCACGUCUGAAUAUCCUUAUUCUGAGUGCCAAAAUGCUGCGCAGAUCUACCGUCGAGUGACCAGUGGAGUCAAGCCAGCCAGCUUUGAUAAAGUAGCAAUUCCUGAAGUGAAGGAGAUCAUAGAAGGGUGCAUCAGGCAAAACAAAGAUGAAAGAUAUGCUAUCAAGGACCUUUUGAACCACGCUUUCUUCCAGGAAGAGACUGGAGUACGGGUAGAACUAGCAGAGGAAGAUGAUGGAGAGAAGAUUGCCAUCAAGCUUUGGUUACGAAUUGAGGAUAUCAAAAAGCUUAAGGGCAAAUACAAGGACAAUGAGGCAAUAGAAUUUUCCUUUGACUUGGAGAGAGAUGUCCCAGAGGACGUAGCACAAGAAAUGGUGGAGUCAGGAUAUGUCUGUGAAGGGGAUCAUAAGACAAUGGCCAAGGCAAUCAAGGACAGAGUGUCUCUGAUCAAGCGAAAGAGAGAGCAGCGCCAGUUAGUGCGAGAAGAGCAAGAGAAGAGAAAGCAGGAAGAAAUCAGUCAGAAGCAGCAGUUGGAGCAGCAGCAACAAACAAAUGCUACUCAGGCAGGGACAAAGCAACUUCCAUCUGCCACUGGUAUCACUGCCAUCACCACCACUUCAGCAUCAGUUUCCACACAAGUAGAGCCUGAAGAACCAGAGGCUGAUCAGCACCAACAACUGCAAUAUCAACAGCCCAGCAUAUCUGUUGUGUCUGAUGGGGCAGCUGACAGUGGUCAGGGAUCAUCCGUUCAUACUGAAUCAUGUGUAAGUAGCCAACAGACUGUGUCCUAUGGUUCCCAGCACGAACAGAAUGUCUCAACAGCUACAAUUCAGGGAUAUACUGCUUCAGUUGGUCAAGUGCAGUCUCAACAGCAUGGAGGAUAUCAGCAGCCCACAGUGCCUCAGUCCCUGGUGCAUCCGUGUGGGGGAACACCAACAUUCCCAGAUUCCCAGAUAUUUUUCCCAACCAUUCAUGAACGGCCAGUGUCUUUCUCACCACCACCUGUCUGCCCACCAAAGGCUACCAUUUCUCAGCGGCGCAAGAGUACCUCCUUCUUGGAAGCCCAAACAUGCCAUUUCCAGCCCUUGCUAAAAACUGGCCAGAGUUUACUUCCACCUGGUGGUAACCCCACAAAUUGGACGUCAGAGGCAGUCGUUAUGCUGGGCACUACAGCUCAUACAGUCACUGGAGAGCCCCUACAUGUGCAAGUCAGUUCAGCACCUCCUGAGGAUGCUCACUCUAGAAUGCCUCAAGAAGCCGUGUACUUUGUGGGCAUGCACUACCAGCCACAAUUGCCAGAGCAUUACGAUACAGUAGUGUAUAAUUCCUAUGGGACUGAACAGUACUUGAAACAGCUGCCUGAACAGAAGCAUGUGCAAGGUGGCCCUCUUCAGAGCUCUGUUUAUGACUAUCAGUCUGGGCAGAACUUCCUGCCAAGACAUCUACAGAGCUUGAGACUGGAUUCUGGAAUGAGCCCUCUUUCACCAUUGUCCAGUGUUCCAGCUCCAUUAAGUGCAGAUUCCACUCAGGUGAAGUUUCACCAGGCAUUUGUUCCUCAUUCUGCACCUGCUGUGCUUACUCACAGUAGUGAUAGCAGAACAAGCUGUGUUUUUGAGUUCCAUGUACACACACCAAAUUUGGCUCCAGGAGAAGGGGGUAUCUUACCCCAACGUGUUUACAGAAGCUGUCGGGGGUCAUUGGAUUUUAAUCAGGAGGAGUCCAGUCAGGUAACAGGGUUGCAUGGUCGCCUCCAACCUGUGACAGAGGAACAGUGUCACUAUUUUGUUCCUGAGCUAACAGUGCCUAGUGUGGGAUCUAUCAAACAGAGCUGGCCAGAAAGGAGUCCAGAAUACUCAAGUGAUUCAUCGCAGCUGACUUCCUCUGACACUGGUGAUUUCCAGUCUCCUCCCCCAACAGUGGGGUCAUCUACAGCUUUUGGUUCAGACUUCUCGUUGCCCAUUGUCCAGGUCCCUCAGAAGGUAUUUCAAGAGUCGCAACUCUUCAUCUGUUUCCAACAGGGAGCCUCAGCUCAACAGGCCUUGUCCACCUCGCUUUCAUCAGGACCACCUGCAUUCUACCCUCAGGUUAUGGGAACACAGGUGCAAGGGCAGCCAACCUCAAGUAGUAUAUCAGUGGGGGUGCCAUCUCAGCCUACACAACAGAGUCAGCAGAGUGCACAGCAGCUGGCUUCUUCCCAACAGGCAGGACAGUACCAGUUGCAGCAGUCAUCCAUUGCCAGUGGAGCUACCCCAUCACAACCAGUUAGUCAAACACCACUGAUCAUGCCGAUGCCUCAGGUACCAGUGGGGACUCAGGGCUUUCCACCUCGGCUGCCGCCGCAAUACCCAGGAGACUCAAAUGUUGCUCCCUCCUCUGCUGUGACCUCUGUUUGCAUCCCUACUGCAGUACUGUCCCCUCCCUUACCCACAGAUGCAUUGGCACAGCCAGGUUAUCUUGCUGCAAUGGUGCAGCAGCCUUAUGUGGAACAGAACAUGUUAGUUCCUCUGAGCGGUGUAGGAGGACAGGUUCAAGUGCCACAGCCUUCAUUGAGUUUAGCACAGCAGGUCUCAUCUGCAUCUUCACAGCAGGGAGCUUUAGAGAGUACUCAGGGAGCCUCGCAGGCUGCUCCUUCAGAGUCUGUACCAUCAGCACAGCAACAGCCUGCACAGACUACCCCGUUGGUCUCCUCAUUAGACAGUGCACAUUCUGAUGUUGCUUCGGGCAUGAGUGAUGGCAAUGAAAAUGUGCCAGGAUCUAGUGGGAGACACGAAGGGAGGACCACUAAACGCCAUUAUCGGAAGUCUGUACGCAGCCGUUCUCGGCAUGAGAAGAUGGCUAGACCAAAACUGAGAAUUCUCAAUGUCUCGAACAAGGGUGAUCGUGUGGUUGAAUGCCAGCUAGAGACACACAAUCGGAAAAUGGUUACUUUCAAAUUUGACCUGGAUGGUGACAACCCAGAGGAAAUAGCAUCAAUUAUGGUGCAGAAUGAAUUUAUUCUAGCAAUUGAACGAGAUUCAUUUGUAGAGCAGGUACGAGAGAUCAUUGAGAAAGCAGAUGAAAUGCUCAGUGAGGAUGUCAGCGUGGAGCCAGAAGGUGAUCAGGGCUUGGAGAGUAUGCAGGCAAAAGACGACUGCUUCUUUCCAGGGCCCCAGAAAUUGGAGGGAGAGUUCAAACAGCCAGACCCUGUAUCUUUCAUGCCACAGAGAAUUGGUGGUGCUCCUAGCUCUUUAACCCAGGUUGUUCAUUCUGCUGGAAGACGGUUUAUUGUCAGUCCUGUCCCAGAGAGUCGGUUAAGAGAGCAGCAGUUUUUCACCUCUGCUAUUCCUGCGGGAAAGGAACUUUCAGAGAUUAUUGCUUCCUCUCCAUCACAUGGUCCUGGGAUGAACCUGUCUCAUUCUGCAUCAUCACUAAGCCUGCAGCAAGCUUUCUCUGAGAUCAGGCAUGCUCAAAUGACAGAAGGACCCAGUACAGCUCCUCCAGUGUUUAACCAAACAAUACCACCAUUUCCACCUGCACUUGCUAACAUGGCUGGGAGUCUACCAUCUACAUCGGUGGCUCCUCCCACAGCAUCCCCCCCCUCCACCACUGGUAUUUCUCUUCCAGUAGUUCAGUCUGUUGUUCCCUUGACUAUAGAACAGGUGCCAGCUGGAGCUGCCUCAAGCAAAGCCGUUUUAGGUUCCAGCUGUCCAACAGCUACAUCACAGUCUGGGCAACAAUUAAUUGGUGGUAUGACUUCCAGUCUGAGUACACCUGCUUCUUUUUCAUUACCUUCUACAUCACAGACUGCUCAACCACUGACAGAAGAGGCUGUCCCUAAUAUCAGUGCACCUGCAUUGUUAACAUUGCCACCAAUACCACAAACUCCUGUCAUGGCUGGCCCUAGUGUUGGUGUGCCAGGCACUGUAUCCCCACCUGUUACGUCUCCUCCUGUCCAACAGAUUGCAAGUAGUAUGGAAUCUGUGACAGCUCCACAAACAUCUAUAGCCUCAACUAUAGCUCAUAAUGUGACUUCACAAACUCCUCAGCUCAGCAGCAGUAGAUCCAUUCCCAGUCUGGCAGAAACUGUUGUAAGUGUGCUACACUCAAAGUAUGAGGAUGGACAGUCAGCAGAUAAAUCCCAUCAGUGCAGUGCAGCUGGCUUGUCACUUCCUAUUUCUGCGCCAUUGUCCUCUGAAGUGACAUCAAGUAUAUCUAGUUCAGUGCCUCAGCCUACUAUGGUGCAUCCUUUACUCAUCCCGUCAGCAGUUGCAUCAACACCAGUCCUACCCCAGGCAGCAGCGGCAAUCUCUACCCCCAUAUUAUCCCAGGUUCCUUUAUCUGGCAUCCUACCACUGACACAGCCAGUUGCUAACUUGCCUGUAGUACAACAGACUUUGAUACACUGUCAGCCUCAACCUGCUCCGCUACCCAAUCAACCUCAUACUCACUGUCUAGAGGCUGAUGUUGACACUCAACCCAAAGCUCCUGGCAUUGAUGACAUAAAGACCUUGGAAGAAAAGCUACGAUCUCUCUUCAGUGAACAUGGCAAUGUAGGUGCAACACAUCCACCAGUAUCUCUGGAGACAUCAUUGGUAAUGGAGACUACAGUCAUGCCUGGUGUACCAACCACUGCUGUUGCACCAACUAAACCUAUGACAGCCACUACCAGCUCUUGCAUACCACCGGCUAGUUUGCCGAUUGGACCAGCUGGUUUACCUGUUACGACACCAGUUACCACACCUGGUCAAGUGGGAAUUCCUGUCACCUAUGUUCCAGCAUCAGGCAGCAUUGCAACAACAGCAGUGAAACCAGGAACCCCUCCUUCAAAGCCAUCUCUUAGCAGGGUACCGGUGCUACCAGUAGGUUUUGAACUUUCAGCUGGCACUCCAUCCAGCGAACAGCUGCCGCCCUUUCCAGGACCUUCACUAACUCAGUCCCAGCAGCCUCUAGAAGAUCUGGAUGCUCAGUUAAGACGAACCCUCAGUCCAGAGACUGUCCCAGUGACAUCUGCUCCUGCCUGUCCUGUGCCAGCAGUGGCUUCUACAACGGUUACUGGAGUGGUGUCUGCAUCAGCACAGCCCCUGAAAGAAGUUUCAGCAUCACAGGAUGCAGAGAGCAGUGCAACAACUACCUCCACAGGAGCUGGAGUUUUUAUAAUGGGACGAUUUCAGCCUGUACCUUUUGAUACAACCUCUUCUGAUUCAUCUUUGUCUGGCAGCAGCCCAGAGAGUACUCUUGUGAAACAGACUUUGAAUGGGAUGACAUCCGUAGAUGUGACAGAUGGCGUUGUUUCACAGACAUUACCUCCUAUACAAUUGCCCUCUGAGGCUGGGCAGCCAACUAAGGUCGGGCGCUUUCAAGUGACUACAGCAACGGACCAAGUGGGUCGCUUUUCUGUGUCCAGGACUCAAGAUGAGGUUACCAGUGUGCAGAAAGAAUGCUCAAUGACUCUUCCUCUUUCUGUGGAUUCAGAACAAGUUUCUUCUCACACCAUGACUCCAAAGAAAGAGGUGCCAGAAUUGGUGGAGUCCAAGCAGUCUCCACUUAUGAAUGGGCCAUCAUCUGAUUUGGAGGCGGCCUUCCUAAGUGGAUUGGCUCAGGACCUGGAUGAUGGCUCAGGUAGCCCAGACUCUCUCCAACCACUGGGUUCAAAGAUAAGCCUCCCCAUCCAAAGCCUUAGCAACUCGUUCAAUUCUUCCUAUGUGAGCAGUGAUGAGUCAGAGAUUGAAGAUGAAGACUUGAAAUCAGAGCUACACCGGUUGCGUGAAAAGCACCUUAAAGAAAUUCAAGAGCUGCAGAGUCGCCAGAAGCAGGAGAUUGAAUUGCUGUAUACCAAACUGGGAAAGGUGCCCCCUGCAGUAAUCAUUCCCCCCGCUGCUCCUCUCUCAGGGAGGAGAAGACGACCUACUAAAGGAAAAGGCAGCAAAUCCAGCCGCAGCAGCUCCCAGGGCAAUAAGAGUCCUCAGCUGCUAGGCACCCUGUCUGCUCAAAGUGCCCCCUCAGUCUUGCCCCCCCAGCAGACCCUUCAUCCUCCUGGUAACGUCCCAGAGACUGGACAGAAUCAUCUGUUACAGCCCCUUAAACCAUCUCCUUCUAGUGAGAACCUGUACUCUGCCUUUACCAGUGAUGGUGCUAUUUCGGUACCAAGCCUUUCUGCGCCAGGCCAAGGGACCAGCAGCACCAACACAGUUGGUGGGACUGUGAACAGCCAGGCACCCCAGUCUCAGCCUCCUGCCAUAACCUCCAGCCGGAAAGGGACUUUUACAGAUGAUCUGCACAAGUUGGUAGACAACUGGGCCCGUGAUGCCAUGAACCUCUCUGGCAAAAGAGGUGGCAAGGGGCAUAGCAACUAUGAGGGCCCUGGAAUGGCAAGAAAGUUCUCAGCACCAGGCCAGCUAUGUAUUUCUAUGACAUCCUCCCUGGGUGCUACGCCUAUCUCUGCAGCAUCAGCUACCUCUCUAGGUCACUUCACAAAGGCCAUGUGCCCUCCACAGCAGUACGGUUACCCAACAGCACCCUUUGCCACUCCCUGGAGUGGUCCAGGUGGUCCAGCACAGCAACCCCUUGGUCAAUUCCAGCCUGUAGGAGCUGCCUCUUUGCAAAGUUUCAACAUCAGCAGCUUGCAGAAAUCCAUCAGCAACCCCCCAGGCUCCAAUCUGCGGACCACUUAGCCAGACUCAGAGACUAUGCUGGGUAGAACUUGGGACAGGAGAUGGGGAGGGAGUUAGGGCCCUGUAUCAACUACUAUUGCUGCACUGAACUGGCUAUUUCUGCCAGAAGGGGAAUGAGCUUCCCUAUUCCAACCAUUGCUGUCAGCUCUCAGUAAGGAGAGUUCCCCAUUUCUGAAGGGGGGAGGAGGGUGAUAAGUAAAAACACUCCUGUUCUUGUAUAAGAUGAGCAAUGAAGAUAGAAGUCAAUGUGACCUCACUGUAAAAGUACUUCAGUUUGAGUCUGAAUCCACACAUGCUGAGAUAGGAAAGUUUAGUCCUAGCAUGAGGCUGUAACACACUUCUCAUCUCCUUGAAGAAUGAAGGCCAGGAGAGAAGCUGUCCAAAUCUCCCUCCUCUCCCCCAAACAAUCAUCUUUACCUCCUGAGUGGUAGGGCACACAAAUGGACUUGCAGUGCAGCCCAUGCUUGAGAUAGGUCAUUACUGCUUUAAAUAAAAAGAUAUAUUAACAGCUUUGACUGCAGCAUUAGAGCAAUUUAAAUUGUUUAAAAAUGAAUUUAAAAAAGUUCCCUGCGGACAUGUACUUACCAUCAGUUUUGAUGUGGAAACACUGUGAUAUAUAAAUGUUGUUGGACAACAGUUUAAAAUGAGUGGAAAAUAGAGGGUUAAAAAAAGUUAAAAAGAAAAAAUGGAAAAAAAGCUAGCUAUAUCCUAUACUUAUUGGAGACACUUUAACUUUUUCCUUUGUAUUUUCAUUGUAUUAGAUAAAUGUGAAUGUAAAAUUGUAUAAAUUAAUGUACUUGAAUACUUGUCUGUUCUCCCAGUAUGCUUGCUGGAUAUUUUAGUGCCUUGGACUUUUAUUGCUUCUGCAGUUAGCAUUGCUUUCUCAGCAGGUCCCAGCUGGUCAAAGGGCAAGUUAAGGGGAAGAAUGGACUAUUUUGUACCUAGUGACUGGGAUACCAAAGGGUUAACAAUUUGGAUCUUUAUACAUACAUACAUACAUAUGUCAUACUGUAACUUUGGGUAGGUGUUGGAGGAGGGAGAGCUAUUGUAGGUUGGAAAAGUGUUUUGGGUGAUGGGGAAACCAGUCCGUGUUGACCGAUUUAAAAGUUGAUGGCACAAUGCUGGUGUAACACAGCGUGAUAGGCAGGAGAAGUGAUGGAGGGGAAAGAGGAAGCUCAAUUGAAACUAACAAACACUGCCUAGAGCCUUAGGAGGCCUGAAUCAGAACAAAGAAUGGGAAGGAAGUGCAUAUUUUGGAAAAGUUUAACUUUAAUGGUGUUUUGACUAUUAAAAACUGUGAUAUGGAAAGUGGCUAGGUGAGGGUGUGUAUGGAGGUGAAGCUAUUACCCUGAGGGGAUGGGUUAUCUGCUGGGAUUGCUUUUCUUACCUUUUUUUAUUCAUUCGUGCUAGGAGUAGACUUUCCUGGUGCGACGUCCAUUGCCGGCAAUGGAUGCACUUGAAAUAGCCGGCAUCAAGGAAUUCCCUCUGUCAAGCAUGAAGAGGACUUAUGAUUUGUUCACUCUAAAGAAUUCAAACUGGUACCAGGACCAUAACUAAGUGUGCCAUCUUUUAGUAAUUGUAUUGUACCUUCUAUUUCUCAACUCAUUUUCCCUUUUUCAUACUGAAAAAUACUGGUUCCCUGUUCAAUGUAAUACUGCAACCAACCAGUAUUAUUCUGUAGUGCUGCAACAAGCUGUGAAGGUCAAAGUACUGCUUUCUAGUACAUGGGAGUAGCUCAGUGGUGUCCUGAAAAUCUUCCCUGAAUUUUCUGAGAGCACCGCUCCCUUCUUGGGGGUCUUAUUUGUGAAUUUAUACUUUGUGGAUGUUUUGCUCUUAUCUCUAAAAACGAAUGCACAAGAUCUGUUUCUUUCCCUUCACCUGGUUUUGAUGUUUAUGGCAGCUUUGUCAGCCAGGAUAUUAUUGGUAGUAUACAAGUUGGAAAUGAAGAGUCUGUGGGUAGAUGCUAUUGGCAAGGUGGCUGGGCUCAAACAGUUGCUCAAUUUUUUUUUUUUUAAAUUCUUGGUAAGUAACACAGGCUGUGUAGAAUACCAGAAUGAGAGAAAAGGAUUCAUGUUGUAUACAUGUGGUUGGAAGAGGAGAAAAUGUCUGGGCUGGUAAAAAUGAAUCAGAAAGCCUUAGUUUUCUGGUUAAAAUUGACUGGUGAGGAGGUUCCUGAAUACACCAAGUAUGGGUAGGAAAAACAGUGCCCUAUGUAAUUAUAUAGUUUAAGCAGUAACAGGAGUGGGGCAACACUUUGUGGUAGAAGAACUGAUUGGCUGAGUGCAGCACAUGGUUGUUAAAUUACUUUGAUUUAGUAAGUUUGAGGUUGGUUUUCACUUAACGUUAUGCAAGAAGUGGUUUUAUUUACCAUUGAUUUCCCUCCUGUGGAUGAAAUAACUGAAGUCUAGAGGAAUAAACUAAUGCUACUGAACUGUUAAAUUAUUUUGUUAAUAUUACACUUUGAGUACCUUUUUUCCACAAAAUCUGUUUCUGAAUUGCAAAUAUUUUCUUUACAUUAUUUAACAAUGUACACUGUAAAAAACAAAAAACCCACACCAAUAAAAUGAAUUCAAACUUUGGGCUUCCCUGGCCAUAGUUAAUUGUAUGUUUUGCACUAAAUCCAGGCAUUGCGCUUCUUGUACGAUUGCGCUUUGUGCUGCCAUUUGUUACCUUUGUAGAAUAUUUAAUGAAAUCAUUUAAAUAAACCAAACCUGCUUUUGUUGAA